AUGCCGGACUCGUCCCAGUUCGUGAGCCAGUUCUGUGCGCUCUGCGUCAAGAACUGGCUUAUUCUCUUCAAACAUCCUUUCGCAAGUCUCUCUCUUUUCCGCUGUCUCAUAGGCCCCAUCGCAAUUGGCAUUCUACUCGCAUACUCACCAAGCUUCACCUCAAAGCCUGAUAUCGGCGGCCUCGGGUCUAUGGUCCCUAUCCGCGCCCUCGCCGACACCUUUGAUGCCCGAGGGAUCAUGCUGUGGUCUGACGACACCAAUUCUACUACCACGGGUUUCACCGCAAAUGACGUCGUCGCCCGCAUGACCGCUGGAUUCUCUAGCAAACAGCUUGCCGCAUUCCAAAAGGUCACCACGGACGAGAUCGCAGGCCGGUGUGUCGAGAACCCAAACGGCAAGUCUCGGUGCUUCGCGGCCGUCACCUUCGACCAACUCCCCGCCCGCGGCAACAACAAGACAAUCAACUACACGAUCCGAGUCGACGAGUCAACCAGCUUCGUCGACAUCAAGGGGCACAAUAGCGACUACGAAGUCAGAGUACUGCCUGUGCAGUGGGCCGUCGAGAGUGCGAUUAUCGAGAUCCAGACGGGCACGAAGCCUCCUACCCCGCUCGAGUGGCCGUUUAUUCGCACUCCCACCGCAGCCCCGCUAACGCGCGUCGCGCCAGACUUCCUCAAGCGGGUCGGCUUUCUUUUACAGCUUCCAUUCUAUAUCUGUCUCAUCGGCAUUGCGUACCAUAUCCCAGGAGCCGCAACCGCCGAGCGUACAGUGGGUCUUACAAGCCAUAUGAAGGCCAUGGGAUUGUCUGACACCGCCCGCGUCUUGUCAUGGCAUCUCAGUCUCUCGCUCGCUUAUCUUCCGGCGUGGCUUGUCCUCUCCAUCGUCUGGAAGGUCAAGCUAUUCACUUUCACCAGCUAUGGUUUAAUACUCGCUCUCUGCCUCCUUACCGGCUUCGCAACUGCCUCGUUUUCCAUGUUCAUUAUGGCGCCUUUCGGGAAGUCUCCUUCGCUCGCUGCAAUUCUUUCGACGCUCUGCUGCCUCGUCCCAGUCACGAUCACUAUGUUCUGGACGAGCAUCAACCCCACCGCCGCCGCCAUCCUCACAUUCUUUUUCCCGACCUUCUUCUUCGGCUGGACAUUUGUCGCGAUUGUCAACUUCGAGACCUUUCUCCUACCCGCUUCCCUCACGGAGCAGACCCUGCAGGACUUCCCACCUCCGACAAUCCUCCCAAUGUUGAUCGCUGUCAUCAUCUCGAUCUUCUUCUGGCCCGUUGCUGGCGCUCUCAUUGAGCGUUGGCGGUUCGAUCCCUGGAACCCGUUCGGGUCGCGCGCGCCGUUAUGCGGUCGCCGCACAAAAGACCAGAAGGCGCACGCACACCCUCCCGGCACCGCGAUCUCCAUUCGCGGGCUCGAGAAAUCGUUCCAGACGUCCGUGUUCAGGCGCAAGUCUGGGAUCGUCACGGCCGUGCAAGACCUCACGCUCGACAUCCCGGAGCAUGGCAUCUUUGCGCUGCUCGGCGCCAACGGCGCGGGCAAGUCGACUCUCAUGGCCGUCCUCGGAGGCCUCACUGGGCGCACACACGGGACGGUUCUCUACGGCGACGGCGUGCUCGAGCCCGCGCGCGGCAGCGUCGGGAUCGUACCGCAGAAGAACGUGCUCUUCGAUGAGCUUUCGUGCCUGCAGACCCUCAGGGUCUGGCGCGAGAUCAAGACCGCUGGCAACCCGGGCGCGCCGCGCGAGUCGGACGCGGACCUCGAAGGCCUCCUGCGCGACUGCGAUCUGGCGGAGAAAAUCCAUUACCCGUCGGGAAAGCUCAGCGGCGGACAGAAGCGGAAGCUUCAGCUCGCCAUCGGCUUGGUGGGAGGAUCUUCAAUUGUCUUGGUCGACGAAGCGACGUCAGGUGUCGAUCCGAUUUCGCGGCGCGCGAUCUGGAAGACGCUUGCUGCAGUGAAGGACUCGAGAGCGAUCGUCUUCACGACGCACUUCCUGGACGAGGCCGACCUACUCGCUGACUACAUUGCCGUGCUUGCGAGCCCCGGAAAGCUUGUCGCACACGGUACCUCAAUCUCACUCAAAUCGACUCGAGGAGAAGGCUACAAGCUGCGCAUCACUUUCAACGCGGAGACCGCCAUGACCGGGAUCCCGGAGUCCUAUGUCCUAAAGUUCGUGCAGCGCAUCGCGCCGGCGACUUAUGCGACCGUGACGGGGCCUCGAGAGCGCGUUUUCCACCUCAAGACGACGGACCUCCACGUCGUCAAGAAGGUGCUGGAGGACGUCGACAAGGAGAAGGCGCGCAUGCAGAUCUCUUCAUAUUCGGUAUCGGCCGCGUCUAUCGAAGACAUCUUCUUGGAGCUGAUGGAUGCAGAGGACAAGAACGAGGAUCCGGACAAUAUCGCGGAAACUGGUGGCAGCGCUGAACGUCGAACCCACGAGAAAGUCGAGCUGACGACCGGCGUGCAGCGUUCCGUUCUCGGUCAGGCCCUUACGAUCUGUUACAAGCGGCUCUUGAUUAUCCGUCGCUCCUGGCUGGCGCCUCUCCUUGCCCUUACUUUCGUCAUCAUCCCGUCCGUGAUCCCGCUCAAGUUCCUUGCAACCGACGGCAACAAGUGCGAUGUCAUCAAUCAAGACUUCGGGGGAGACUCGCUUUAUCUUGCCACUUCGCCGCUCCAAUUUUUCUUCGGCCGAGAAGAUUUCGGGCCCGCGCUGUUCCCUCCAGAUGCUCUCGCGCCGCUCAACAUUUCCGGCGUGCUCACCAAUACCUCUAUCCCCUUCACCUCCAACACCUCCUUCGUUGAGUACAUCAGCCGUAACUUCACAAGCAUUUUGACCCCCGGUCUCAGCAUCGACCUCGACACCGGUGCUGCACUCCUUUCCUGGAAUGCCUACGAAACCCUCUCCGCUGCUACGUUUCUGAACGCCGCCUCCAACCUCCUUCUCAAUCACGCGCUCAACAGUACCGGGGCCGGAACGGGCUACACCACUCCUCUGCUGAUCACCCCAACCAUUGGCACUUUCGCAUCCAAGAGUUUAGGUGACCUGACCCCCCUUGCAUGGGCCGCGGUGUUCAGCGCAGCGAUGGCCGUGUUCCCCGGGUUCUUCGCGCUGUACGUCGCACGCGAGCGCCGCUCGGAGGUGCAGGCGAUGCAGUUCUCGAACGGGCUGUCGAACCCAGCGGGGCUCUGGCUCGGGCAUCUAAUGUUCGACGCGAUGGCGACGACGUUUGCAGCGACGCUGCUCGUGAUCGUAUGGGCAGGAAUGUAUGCGUUCUUCUUCCACGGCUUGGUUUACUUGUGGCUCGUGGUAGUGCUCUACGGGAUCGCGAGUAUCCUGUAUGCGUACUUGUUUACGCUGUACUUCAAGUCGCCAAUUGGUGCAUGGGCGGCGAUUGCUGUCUGGCACGUUAUUCUGUUUCUGCUCUACACAGUUGCCUACUUCCUCGCGCGGACAUACGGAGAUGCUGUGGAGACGCAGUCAUUGUACGCUGUGAUUCACUUCACGGUGGGCCUCGUCUCUCCUCUUCCGAGCCUCGUUCGCGCCUCCUUCAUUGCCACCAAUCUCUUCUCACUCCUCUGCGUUGGGGAAGUAGUCACCGGACCCUCCCUCUAUGGCGAUAUCAUGCACUACGGCGGCCCCAUCCUCUACCUCAUUAUUCAACCGCUCAUCUACUUCGGCAUACUCGUCUACGCGGACUCCUUCUCCCUCGUCCGCAGCACCCUCAUCCGCCUCCGGACGAAGCGCCUCACACGAAACUCGCUGACAUCCACGGAGAAUAUCCGCCUUACAUCCACGGCCGGCAUGGGUGGCAAGGAUGUCGCUCUCCGAGUGCGCGACGUGUCCAAGUCCUUCGGCGCUUUCAACGCCGUUGAAGACGUUAGCUUCAAUGUCUCCAAAGACACUAUCUUCGCCCUCCUCGGUCCGAACGGCGCGGGGAAGACAACGACGUUCAACAUGAUUCGCGGCGACAUGACACCCGACUCAGGCGAAAUCUUUGUGAACGGGCACUCCGUUGUCGCGAACACCAAGGCCGCCCGCUUUUCACUCGGAGUGUGUCCGCAGUUCACGGCCAUCGACGCACAGCUCAGCGUGCGCCAACACCUGCGCGUGUACGCGCGGCUCAAGGGGCUGCAGGGCGGCGCGCAGGUCGAUAAGAACGUCGACGCGGUGAUGCGCGUCAUGGGCCUACGCGUGUACGCCGACCGUCUGGCAAACAAGCUCUCGGGCGGGAACCAGCGGAAGCUCGCGCUGGCGAUUGCGCUCAUCGGGAAUCCCUCGGUUGUGCUCGUCGACGAGUUCUCAACUGGAGUCGACGCGAAGAUGAAGCGUGACAUGUGGAGCACGCUCAAGCACGUCGCGCCCGGCAAGGCGUUCGUGAUCACUACCCAUUCCAUGGAGGAAGCCUCCACUCUCGCGAGCGACGUCGGCAUCAUCUCACAGCGCUUGCUCGCUGUCGACUCCACCGAUGCACUCAUGGCCCGAUAUGCGCGAUACCUGGUCCACUUCCCUGGUCGCACGCGCGAAGACAUCGUGCGCGCGCAGGAGGUGAUGGCACGCAUCCCUGGGGCUCGCCUCUGUGACGACGUUGCAACGCGCUUCGAGGUUCCCGUCGGAUCUGGCACCGCCGAGGGCGUGCCCUCCCUCGCUGCGCUGUUUGGCCUGCUCGCAGACGCCGGCGUGGGUGAAUACGCCGUGGGGGAGGCGAGCCUCGAGAGCGUAUUCAUGCAGGUCAUCCGGGACAACGACUCCAGGCCCAACGGACAUGGCAAGAAAUUUGCCUGA